UCCGGGUGAAUGUUGAUUUGUCUGAAAAAAGCGUAGCGUUGUAACUUCAAUUCUAAAUUAUUAAACAUAAACAGCACAGCGUUGGUUUUAAAGUCGCAGUCAUGCCUGGAAUCGACAAACUACCGAUAGAAGAAACUCUGGAAGACAGUCCGCAGACUCGCUCUCUGCUGGGCGUGUUUGAGGAAGACGCUGCCGCCAUCUCCGGUUAUUUCAGUCAGAUCUUCAAAGCCAUGCAGAGGAUCUAUGAUGCCCAGAACGAACUGAGCGCAGCCACUCACCUGACCUCGAAAUUGCUAAAGGAUUAUGAGAAGCAGCGUUUUCCUCUCGGGGGUGAUGAUGAGGUCAUGAGCUCCACUCUGCUGCAGUUUGCCAAAGUCAUCGAUGAGCUCAGCUCGUGUCAUGCGGUUCUGUCCACACAGCUGGCAGAUGCCAUGAUGUUCCCCAUCACACAGUUUAAAGAGAGGGACCUGAAAGAAAUUCUCACGCUGAAGGAAGUGUUUCAGAUUGCCAGUUAUGAUUAUGACGUGGCCGUAAACAGAUACAGUCGUCUAUCAAAGCGGAAGGAAAAUGAGAAGGUGAAGUCUGAAGUGAUGGAGGAUGUCUAUACCUCCAGGAAAAAGCAACACCAGACCAUGAUGCACUACUUCACCGUCCUCAACACGCUGCAGUACAAGAAGAAGAUGACGCUGUUGGAGCCAUUACUGGGAUACAUGCAGGCACAGAUCAGUUUUUUCAAACUGGGAUCAGAGAACCUGACGCAGCAGUGGGAGGAUUUUCUCACGGACAUUGGAACCAGCGUACAGAACGUCCGCAGGGAGAUGGACGGCGAAGUUGAAGCGAUGCAGCAGACGAUUUUGGACAUGGAACAGGCCAGCGAUCCGCUCUACAUGCCUGACCCCGACCCAAGCAAGAUCCCAGUCAACCGCAACCUGACCCGCAAGGCCGGCUACCUCAACAGACGCAAUAAAACCGGUCUGGUUUCAUCCACCUGGGACCGUCAGUACUUCUUCACUCAGGGAGGAAACCUCAUGAGCCAAUCGCGUGGUGCCGUGGCCGGAGGUCUGGUCUUGGACAUCGAUAACUGCUCCGUCAUGGCAGUGGACUGCGAGGAUCGGAGGUUCUGCUUCCAAAUCACAUCGUUCGAUGGGAAGAAGGCGGUCAUUUUACAGGCAGACAGCAGGAAAGACUGUGAGGAGUGGAUUGCCACAAUAAACAACAUCUCCAAGAGGAUAUACCUCAGUGAGAAUCCAGAGGAAACCGCCGCUCGUGUGAAUCAAUCUGCUCUGGAAGCCGUCACGCCAUCUCCUUCAUUCCAACAGCGUCACGAGAGCUUCAGACCAAACACUCAAGGUGGACCCAGAACAGCCCGGUCGGGCAGUCAGUGCUCCGUCGGUUCCGAGUCACCGGUGCUGUCCUGUCUCGCUCUGGACUCGCUGGUGGCCCCAGACACGCCCAUCCAGUUCGACAUCAUCUCACCCGUCAGCGAGGAACAUGCGAGCCAGGCCAAGAGCGGCGCGCAGGGGAGAAGGACCAACCCGUUUGGGGAGCUUGGAGGGUCACAGUCAGAAGAGAGAGAAGACUCAAUCCUGCAUCAACUGUUCAUCGUGAGGUUCUUGGGAUCCAUGGAGGUGAAGGCCACGGAGAACGCUGACGUCAUCUAUGAGACCAUGAGACAGAUCCUGGCAGCUCGGGCCAUCCACAAUAUCUUCAGAAUGACAGAGUCUCAUCUCCUCGUCACGUGUGACUCUCUGAAACUUAUUGACCCUCAGACACAAGUCACAAGACUACGGUUUCCUCUCUCCAGUAUCGUGCUGUGUUCAACCCAUCAAGAAAACAAACGUUUGUUUGGUUUCGUGCUGCAGACGGCAGGAGGUCGAGUGGACGGACGCCCAGUCACCGUCUGCUAUGUGCUUGAGUCUAACAAUGAUGGAGAAAAGAUCUGUGACAGUGUGGGACUGGCAAAGCAGAUCGCUGAUCACUCUGAGAUGGACCGCAAAGCCACACAGAAACAGAGAGAUUUAGAGAAAGUCAAAGAGAAACAGAAGGAGGAGCUCAAUAAACAGAAACAGAUUGAAAAGGAUCUUGAGGAACAAAGUCGUUUAAUAGCCGCCUCCAGUCGGCCCAACCCACCGACCGCUGACGGACAGUUCGUAGUCCUUAGCAACAGCCCAUCAGAAGACAGCGAAAUAGGGGAAGAGGGGCAGAAAAAGCGCGAAUCAGAGGCCUGACAGUCAGUGGUUGAAAACAGAUGAUCAACAAAAAUGAAGUCCGUCACUUUAUUUCCUCAUGAGUUAUCCUGCAGGGUCAAAGAUUUGAGGUGUGACUGCAAAAUAUAACGAACCAACGCAAAAUGAAAUAGCAAAUGUUUUGAUAUGUGGACACUUUUGGGAAAACCACCAAAUGUUGUGUUAUUUGUAAGAAUCGUGUCUUUUAUACCAGAUCCGUUACUGAAAUUAAAUUUGCUUUCAGAAGGGUUUUAUAUGUAGGCUACUGUGCGUGUGUUGGGAUUCACUACCAUGACAUAAACCUGAAUACAUACUAAGGUGAUUUUUUUCAGAUUAAUGAACAUGAUUAUUAAUGUAUGUUGGUGUGUUAUGUUCUAAUGUUUUAAUGCUGCAUGUGUCACAUUAACAGUAAAUAUUCUUGAUAGGGCUCAGAAUGAUGGCAUAAGGUUAUUUUAUCUUUAAAGUUACAGUACUAUUGUUUCUUAAAAUGUUGGCAUUAAGUUCUAAUAAUGUAGAUUGUUUUGUAUGUACACAAACACAUUCGCUCACUGUCAGUGAACUACUCAGAAGCCUAAUUGAAUAUGUCGUUAUAUGUUUGGUUUUUCUUCUCUAAAUUGAAAACACUAUAAUUUGUGUUGUAAUCGAGGUGUAAUUGUAAUUUAUGACCCAGCUGUAUUGAAAACCCAAGUAAAUGCAUUUAAACAUACCGGGUCAAUAUACUGAGCAAGUGGGUUAAACUUAAACUGUAAACUUAUUAUGUGCAUCUUGCCUUUGUUUUUGAAGCUUCUGAAAAUGAUGGCAGGAAGAACAACUACAAGUCUGAUUUAAUAUUGUGUCAUUUGUUGCUUUGGUUUAUUACAAACCUUUUCAGAAAUAUUUAUGAUGAAAUGUCUCUGCGCAAUCGGUCUGCGAUUCAUGGGGUUAAAUCAAGAUUGGUAUUAAAAAUCUGUUUUAAAUGA